UCAGGACGGCAGAGAGAGACACUACAUACUGCCCGAUUUGAAUGAUUUCCUUUUUUAUUAUUAAAACAAAACUACUAUUUCAAGUAUGAAUGGGGAAAAAUAACCACUAUAUUUUGGAGCAUGGCUGAGCGGGAUUGUGAUCAUUCACCCACAAGAGCAUUAGAGCGAAAUAAUCAGCAACGGCACAGAUUCCCCACCGAUUGACCACACCCUACCCAUUGAAUACAGGAUCACGCUGGUGGUGCUCUACCUGCUUGUGUUUAUUGGUGGGAUCAUUGGGGUGGUAAUGAUGAGCACUACCCUUAUGUCCACCCUUAUGCUGUCUGUCACCAGGGUGUCAAUAAUCAACCUGCUUGUGGUACACGCGAUCUUCCUUCUCACGGUGCCCUUUCGUGUUUACUACUAUUCCAUCAAUAACUGGAAACUAGGCUUCAGCUUUUGCAAAGUGAUCAGCAGCAUGCUUCACGUGCACAUGUACCUCAGCUUCAUCUUCUACGCUAUUAUCCUGUGCACGCGAUACCUAGCCUACUUCGAAUGGAGACUCAGACUGGAAUUCUACCGAGAUCUGCAUGCCGUAAUAGCCAGUGUGGCCAUCUGGACCAUCAUUUUGGCUACAGUGAUUCCUUCUACCAUCACAUAUGGACUUGGAAUGGCUACAAAUAAUAACCAGUGUUUUGCCUUUGGAAUUGCUCUUUAUGAUACAAAUGUGAAAGUGCUAAACUACAUCAUUUGCGCUGUGGUGCUGUUGAUUUGGGCGGCGUUGGCCUCGUGUCAGUGCUACAUCCUGUGGCGCGUGUGCCGAAAGCACGGAAAUCUCUCAUGGGUUCAUCAAGAGUUCUGGGCUCAGAUCAAGAGUCUGUGCUUUGUGUUGAUUAUGCUCUUGUGCUUCGUGCCUUACCAGGCCUUCAGGAUCUACUAUGCAUGCACAUUUUGGCCAGGACUCGAAAAGGUCAAUGAGGUUUUUCUGGCCAUCACAGCUUUCAGCUGCUUUGACAUGCUUAUGUUUGCUGGGAGGGGUCUGUGGCGACCCGUUUACAAAAUAUGUUGUGAUUCAUGAUGUGUUAAACUCCCUGACUGACAUACUCUAUACUCUUACACACAUAUACCUUUAUAUAAACAUAUGAAUUGUAUUAUAUAUAAUAUGUAUAUGUAUGAAUGUGUGUGUGUGUGCUUUUCCUCCCUUCAACUGUGAAAUAUUUGCAUUAUUAAUUGCACAUGUUUAGUUUGCAAACGGUAAUUUCCUUUGUUUUUGUUUUUUUGAAUUAUUAUCUGCUCUCUUGCUGGUCUGGAGUUACUAUCCAGUUACAUUAAGGGUGUUUUGUACAAAUGUCCUGUAUACUCUAUGGGUAAAAUCAUGUGGACACCUAAAAAAUUACACCAAUUUUUGUGCUUUUCGAACAUCCAACUCCAGAUUUAGUCCCAUUUGCUGUUCCCUUCAGCCUUCCAGGUUUCUCAUUAGGAUAUGUAAGAGCAUUACUGAGGUCUGACACUGAUGUUGUGUGAGGAGAUCUGGGGUGCACUC